CACGCAUGAGAACACAGGAACUUCUGGUGUGCGUACGGGCUGAAACCUUUGGAAGUUCACAGUGAGGAAGCGUGUGCCUGACACCUGUUGAGGAUGUCCUCUACAAGCUGCUGCAGCAGACUGCACUCCUGCCCCAGUCCACAAGGCUUCCUUGCCUCCACCAUAACUAAAGUGAUUCUAGGCUUGCUGCUCUUCGGUGUGGUCUGGGCGAUGGUGGGUCAGGAGUGUGAACCGGGUCAGAACCUGUUUGGACUGCUGGUGUUGUUCCUCUCUGCUGUGUGUGGGGGAAACCUGGUGGGCAUGAUACACCUACCCAGCCUGCCCCCACUUCCUCCUCUCCUGGGCAUGCUGUUGAUGGGUUUAAUUCUGCGUAAUGUCCCCUACGUGAGUGACGCGGUGUAUGUGGAUCAGCAGUGGUCUUCAUCACUGCGGAGCAUCGCACUCGCCAUCAUUCUCACCAGAGCUGGGCUUGGACUCAAUCCCUCCGCCCUACGGCGGCUGAAGGCGGUGUGUGUGAGAGUGGCGAUUGGCCCCUGUACUACUGAAGCUUGCACGGUGGCCGUGGUGUCUCACUACCUCAUGAACCUCCCCUGGACAUGGGGCUUUAUUCUGGGGUUUGUGCUGGCUGCGGUCUCUCCUGCAGUGGUGGUUCCCUCUAUGUUACUGCUCCAGGGGUCAGGGUUCGGGGUUCAGAAGGGCAUCCCCACUCUGCUCAUGGCUGCUGGCAGCUUUGAUGAUGUCCUCGCCAUCACAGGCUUCACAACCUGUCUCGGCAUUGCCUUCAGCACAGGCUCCACGUGGCUCAAUCUGGGGAAGGGGCUGCUGGAGGUGGUGGUGGGAGUUUUAGCAGGAGGAGUGAUGGGUGUUCUCACCUGCUUCAUACCCAGUGAAGACCAGAUUGACCUGGUGUUGUGGCGGUCCAGUAUGUUGCUGGGCUUGGCUGUGUUCUCCGUGUUUGCGAGUCACGUUGCUGGAUUGGGGGGUGCAGGAGGUCUGUGUACACUCGUCUUCUCCUUCAUCGCUGGCCUCAGCUGGGACACAGGUAAGGCUCCUGUAGCUGCAGUUGUGGGGAGAUUCUGGGAUAUCUUUCAGCCUCUUCUGUUUGGGCUAAUUGGAGCUGAGAUCACUGUUUCUACUCUCAACCCGUACACUGUGGGGUUAGGCAUUGCCACACUGUGUGUUGGGGUGAUUGUCCGUGUGUUGGUGACAUUUGCUGUAGUUCUGUUUGCGGGUUUUAACUUGAAGGAGAAAUUCUUCAUUUCUUUGGCCUGGCUACCUAAGGCUACAGUACAGGCUGCUAUAGGAUCCACUGCCCUGGACAUGGCACGUACUGUAGGAGACCAGCAGCUGGAGUAUUAUGGGAUGGAUGUUCUGACGGUUGCUGUGUUGGCCAUCCUCAUCACAGCCCCUAUAGGAGCUCUCUCUAUCGGCCUGGCAGGGCCCAGGUUACUGCAGCAGUACACCGAGAUCCAGGACACACACACGCAGGAUAAAGUCGAGAACGUUGCCACUCCAGAACUAAAUGUAGCUCCAGCUCUAGAGAGCAAACUCUAGACCCGCCACGGAGUGGAACACACAUUUCUGACUGCGGUGGUGUCGUAUGGUCACGUUAAUUCUGCUCUUAGCUGAAGCGUCCGCGCGUCUCUCCCGCAGUGUACAAGCCCAGGGUUUACAAUCAGGGACAGAUUUAUGAUGUUUUAUUUGUUAUAUAUUUAUUAUAUUUAAUGCUCUGUUCUCUUUACCUGCUCCACCCACUCUGUGUUGUCUCCACCUGCUCAGAAUUACUGAGGGAAAUUAACAACAAACAUUUGAACAAAUUCUCUU